AGUAGCAGUGAAGGAGGAGGAGGAGGAGCAGCCUGCAGCACCUCCUGCAGCAGUGAAGAAGGAAGAGGAGGAGUAUGUGGUGGAGAAGGUUUUGGACCGCAGAGUGGUGAAGGGAAGAGUAGAGUUUCUGCUGAAAUGGAAGGGGUUCUCAGAUGAGGAUAACACAUGGGAGCCGGAAGACAACCUGGACGGCCCCGACCAUAUCGCAGAGUACAUGCAGAAACACAAGGAGAAGGAGGAGAAGAAGAAGGAGGGAAAGAGGAAAGUGGUCAGUGAGGCCUCGGGAGACUCAGAGCAGCGAGGGAGCAAGAGGAAGAAGGAGGAGAGCGAGUUACAAGAGAGGAUGGAGAGGGAUGAGGCUUCAACCCACAAGCCCAAAGUGGGCAAAUCAGGGCACAAAUGUCCAAUUUGUGGGCUUGAGUACAAUGAUUUGAUGCAACACCUGAAACUAGGUGAACAGGUGUGCAACAAAACCGAACUGAACCUUCUCUGCAAGUUGUCACACAGACAUUUCUCGGCCGAAUUGGAUUGCCCGGUCCGACUAUGCAACUCCAGGAAAAUAAACAGGCUGGACAAGCACCUGCAGAAAGUGCACAAGCUGGGGAACAAUAUGGUGACAUUAUACGUCCAAAAGGCAAAGGACCGUUACAUUGUGCGACAACUGGCGUUGCUGAGGGCGUCCAAACCCUACCCGCCGAUGGUAUCCCAUCUCGAUGAGAUCGACGAAGCAGCUAUACAAGAGGGGAUCAGGAGGAAGUUCGAGGACCCUUCGUCAGUCCCACAUGGCGGUGAGGUCGUGGCCCUCUCCGCUGCUAAGCCGUUUGCAACUCCUUCCGCCAGUGCGACGCCGUUGAACAAACCUGCCAGCCGUUCACCGAGAAAAACGUUGUUUAGGAGGAACAAGCCGGUUGUGAGGACUCCAUCCCCCCACUGCAAGAACUGUGUGAUCCUUGCUGCUGAGGUGCAGGUGGUGAAAAAGCUGCUGGAAGCCGAAAUAGAACGGAGUGACGAACUUAAACAGUUGCACUCUUCAACCAGUCGAGAAAAGGCAGUGAAGCACAAGAGGCACAAGCCCUUUUCACCAUCGAAAGCGCCGCAAUACGUUAAACUGGUAGAGGAGUUCAGGGAGCACAAGGAAGGAAGCGAUCCUACGCGGAAAAUAAGGGAGAAUGCCCGCCAGCGAGCUAACCACGUCCUUUACUUUCUGACGUUCAUGUCCAAGCCCGCUGUUCCACAUGUGAACCUUCUCUUUCUGAAGGACUACGGUCGGAUCAGGAGAUUUGCAGCCCAUCUGGCUGACAACAACUUCAAACCGACGACCAUAAAAAGCUACCUGACGGAUGCCGUUGCGUUUGUGAGGUAUGUUACCAGUAUGGCGCCAGAAGGGGUGAAAAUAGGCGUGAAAAGCCUAAAUGCGCUGCUAGUGGAACUCCAGGCGAGGAUUAGGGACGUGGCGAGAGCUGUGCUAGGGCAACAACUGGCCCAGCGCCGCAAAAAGUCCGUUGAACUGGUGGAAGCGAGUGAUCAUGCGUGGUUUGUUAAAAACGCACCAGCAAAGAUUUCUGCUGCACUCGAUUCUCUUGAGAAAAAUCCAGUAGACAAAAAGAGGCAGAGGAUGUUUUUCGGGCUCCUGAGUGGUUACAUCGUGGCGGUGACUGGGCACAGAAAAGGCGCCGUGGUCAACAUGACGCGGAAAGAGGUCAAAGCAGCAGAAAAAUUAAAAAAUGGCGAUCGCAUCGUACGGGUGGAACAGCACAAGACGGCUCGCUACUUUGGGCAGGCGGCCAUACCGCUGACAAAAAAGGAGUACUCCUGGUUCCUCAGAUACAACUGUCUCCGGUCUCGCAUAGAGGGAGGUCUAGAGGCAGAAACCUUCUUUCACACUUCCAGUGGCUCGGAGUGCCUCAAGCUCCCCGAAUACUUCAAGGAGGCGUGGGAGUCGUUGGAGUUGGGAAAGGCUCCGAGCUUCAACCUCCUCCGUUCCUCUGUGGCUACUUAUUCAAAGAGGCAACUGGGCUCGAAGGCGUACAAACGAGUGGUGGCCUUCAUGUGUCACGAUGAGCACACGGCGAAGAAGUUUAAUCAUGCGGAAGACCCGGCGGCUGAGGUGUUUAAAAGCCGAAAUCUAUCCGUCAUGGCGAUCUCCACUUAUGCUGUCAAGAACAAUAAAAAAGCAGGCACCCAGGACCACAGAGCCACAGAGGACACAGAGGAGGACGAGGUCGAGGACCGGGACAGUGUGGAGGACCAGGAUGAGCAGGACAUGGGAGAGGAGGAGGAAGAAGAAGAAGAACAAGUAGUAGUAGUAGUAGAGGAACGGGACUCAGAGGAUGAGGUAGAAGACCAAGAAAUGGAGGAGGAAGAGCGGGACACAGAGGAGGAUGGUGCAAAUGAACACCCAGACAAGGAGCCUAAAAUAACUAGGCCAAGUUGUCCAAUAAGAAAGCGGCCCUCCAAAUCUGAAGCAGAACAGAAGAGAGACUCCUCCAAACCUCCUCUCCCUAAAAGGCCCAAAAGGGAUGGAAAGUGCCUUUUCAAAACCGAUAGGGAAGUGUCAUCUGAAGCGGAGGAAGAGGGGCUCCUUCAGACUUUUAAUUUUCCUUUUUUCAAAUACCAUUGAUCUUUUCCAAUUAUGGGGUUGAGUCCUAUCAUCAGUUUCAACACUCUACACAUGAGUGGUAUUUGCCUAAUUUAUCUUUGCCUUUUCUAGGAGCAGCACUGAGAGACCGACUCCACCCUUAGUCCCUGACAGCCUGGUUCUUCUGAGUCCGGUUGAAGUCAAAACACCGAUUAAGGACAUAUUUCCUGUGGCAGUCCCAGAUGGCUCUCUUGGAGAACAACAGUGAAGCGUUGCCGACGGUGGGACCCCCUGAGCUGAGGAGAGGGGUCCGUUGGAAGAAGAUGCAGAGGGUCUGUUGGAGGUUGCGGUGGAGGCGAAGGGUCUGUCGGAAGACAGUUCAGAUUCUUUGGAACUGCCAGCCAGGCAAAUGGAGCCUGAGGAGAGCUUUAGUUUUAUUUUAUUUUUUUUGCAUAGUUUGUGCCACCGGAGGAUGAAUAAACUGCAGAUGCAAAGAAACCUGAGUGACCAGGAUAAACAAUGUGUGGACAACACUGUUCUUUCUGUUAAUUUUAUUGUUUUUUUUAUAUCGUUUGUGCUACCAGUCUAGAGGCUGAGGAGA